CAUUCUUGUGAAUAGUACAAUUUUCUAAUACAUUAUGUUUGGUCUGUCGUCGGAGAGCUAGUAUAGAAUGGCUUCCCCUGUCAUGGAUUGUGAAACUUUGUCGGGCCCUUAGUAACGCCAGAAACCACGUUUGAUUCCAUUUUGUCAUUAAAUAACGUUAAAAAAAAAUUGUCAUCAUUUGGCGGGAACUCUGGUUCAUCCAUCCAUGGUAGCUAAAACUUCGCUUUCUCACUCUCUCACCACUACAUCCCCUUCCCUCUUGUCCGCCAUUGUUAAUCCUCUAACAAAGCUCCAUUACAUAUAUAUCUUUCUUUCUUUUUUUAAUUCUACACGCACACCAAGUAUUCGAGAAAAUACCACAUGUCGGCGACUCCUAGCUCUAUUAUUUUCAUCUUCUUCAUGGUCCUGGGAAUCUGCAAAGGUGUAUUAGCGGCUACAUUUACGUUGGUUAACAAGUGCGAGUUCACAGUAUGGCCCGGAAUACUGGGAAAUGCGGGCAGUGCAAGAUUUGAUAGUACUGGAUUCGAGCUUGGUUCGGGUGGUUCAAGGGCUUUCCAAGCUCCGGCGAAGUGGUCGGGCCGGAUUUGGGGCAGGACCGGUUGUAGAUUUGAUGGUAGUGGCGGUGGAGGAAAUUGCACAACCGCGGACUGUGGUCCGUCGGUAGAGUGCAAUGGCGCCGGCGCGAUUCCUCCGGCGACCUUGGCUGAGUUCACGAUUGGCUCCGGCGGCGGCAAAGACUUCUACGAUGUUAGUCUGGUUGAUGGAUAUAACUUGCCGAUAAAAGUGGAGGCGGUUGGGGGAUUGGGCGCGUGCGGGUCAACGGGUUGCGCUGCGGACUUGAACAGAAUUUGCCCGAACGAAUUGCGGGCCAAGGACGGGCUGGCGUGCAAGAGCGCGUGCGGGGCGUUCGCGAAGCCGGAAUAUUGUUGCAGCGGCGCGUAUUCCUCGCCGGCGACAUGCAAGCCGUCGGUGUAUUCUAGAAUGUUCAAGACGGCGUGCCCGACGUCUUACACCUACGCCUACGAUGACGCCACCAGUACCUUUACCUGCACCGGAGCUAAUUAUGUGCUUACCUUCUGCCCUUCAAUAACUAAACCUCCCCCUCUCCCUCCGCCGCCUGUGAGCGCCGGAACAUCAAACGGGCCGCCGGUGGAUGCCGGAGCAUUAAACGGACCUCCGGUGGCCAAUGCAACGCUGAAUGCACCUCCAGUGGAAACAGGAAUAUCAAACGGGCCGCCGGCGGCUAACGAAACAACCAAGGAUCCUGAAUCUGAUCCCGGUUUGAUGCCGGAGGGAAAUCAGUACGACAGUCUAUGGCUACCGGACUUUCUGACGGGGGAUUCAUCACCAACUAUUUCAUGCUUCGCCAUGCAUUCUAGGUCUCCAAUAAGCUCAGCAAUCGCCAUUGUUAUCCUUUCUUUUCUUCACUAACUAUUCUCAAUUCUCAAUAUUAUACUCGCAUCCUGUCAAGAAUGUACCUAAAAUUUUCCUUUUUAUAUGUAGCUCUUCCAAUCAAUUGUGUAUAUGUUUAAUUUUGUCA